CGGCCUACCGAAUCCUUUAAUUCCUAUGCUUUUUUCUUUCUUGCUUGCCCAACCUCAUGUGACAGGAAAUCAUGCAGUACCCCGCUGUUUUCGACUUGAAUCGACUAUACACCAAUAACAUAGCUAUCAUGAGUCAAACUUAUGGCAUUGAAGCUGCUCGGGCAGCAAUACAAAAAGAAGUGUCCGGCGUAUUCGGACAUUACGGUAUCUAUGUCGACUCGCGGCAUCUGUCAUUGAUCGCAGACUACAUGACCAAAUCGGGAUCCUAUCGAGCUUUCAACCGAUCUGCAUUCAUUGGCCAUCCAUCACCUUUGCAGCAAAUGUCGUUUGAAACAGUGACGUCAUCUCUAAAGAGCACGAUUCAAGAAAAUCGUGUGGAUGAGCUCGUUUCACCAUCGGCUAGCAUUGUGACCGGACGCACUGUACACAAUUCGGGAACCAACUGUUUCGAAUUAUACCAAAGGCUUCCAUGCUAAUAUUCCUCUCCUCUUUACACGCGUACUCCAAUUUGAACUGUACUGUACUAUAUUGUGCAUAGGAUCAGAUGCAUUUGGACCUGAACCUCCAUUGUGUUUACACUAUUUUGGCUCUAAAGAUGAAUGCGAUUUGCUUGGAGCUCUCUGUUCUACAGCAUACCAGCUAUCUUUUUCACUCAUUCCCACAGACAAACAUCUAGGCUGUCAUGUAAGAAAUUGAUUUCUAGUGAGUUUUGUUCCGGUAGCCCGUGUGGAAGUAAAAAUUCG